AUGAAGUCUUUGAUAAACUUUAGAAAUGUAAGAAUAGUUAACACAUUUUUUACAGACAUAGAAGCUAUAGAAGUAGCUACUGAACUACCAAAGCAAGUUGAAUCCAUAUUAAAUGAAACGAGAAGAAUUAUAAACGGAGAUGAAGUUACUGAUAGUCGACCUUACAUGGUAUACCUUAAACUGCCAAGAAGUAACAAGAAGCAGCCAAACUACCGCACUUGGCUGUGUGGUGGCGUCAUCAUCCACGAGGAGUACAUUCUCACUUCUGCCGCUUGUAUAGAAGAUGCUGAACACUUUUAUGUUGUUUCUGGCACGUACAAGUAUGCAGAUGAAGAUGACCGAUAUAACAAUCCCUGUAUUAAGAAUGGAGCAAAAAAAGCUAUUUGGAAGUGCGUCCCUAAAAGUAAGUUAAAUUCAAACCGUUUAAGGAUAAUUACAAUCGAAAUGGACAUCACGUUGGUAGUUAAACUUAUUCACGCAACAUUUUUUAAAAAUCAUGGUCUCACUAUCGCAAAAUUACCAGAUUACGUCUUCGAUGGUCAUGAAAAUGACAACAUCAGAUGGAUGAACAACGACAUAGCUGUGGUCAAAGUGGAAGAUGGGUUUGACUUCACCAGGAGGAUCAGAGGGUGUGACUUCGUCCCGAAGCCGAUUUGCUAUAACAACCAGAGCCAGACUUUGGAGAACCCUGGCACUAUUGUGUCCAUUGCUGGGUGGGGUACUACGUCUAGGUAUAACGACUGGGUAAACAGAAGAAAGGAGAACCAGCAGAAUCUUCUAGAAGCUCAUGUAGAGAUCAUCACAAAGACCAAAUGCAAGAGGCGUUGGGGAGCUCGCUACCACAACAUCAUUGACAACUACAUGAUCUGCACCAAGGACAUCGGUCAGACUAUGUCUGAGAUCUGUAAUGAAAAAUACGUAGACUGCCAAGACAUAAACUACUCGGACGAGGAGGACAUGCGUCGUGAUGCCCACGUCUUAAGAACGGAGAAGAUCCCCACCAAUCUGAGACUGCACUCCGCUUACCACAAUGAAACUAGUGGGAAUACGUCAAUCGUUGCUGGAGGGAGGAGGUACACUUCACAGCCUGAUGGAGGAUUCUGUGAGAACGACCACGGAGGGCCCCUCGUCUACGGCAACGGGGUCAAUUCCAUCGUCAUCGGGAUCAUCUCUGCCUGCUUAGUCAAAGAGAGGAGCAACAAGUGCUACGGGCCUUUCCUGUAUACCAGCGUCUUUAAGAACCGACAGUUCAUCUCUUGCGCUAUCUAUAAGGAUAUAGAACCUAAAUGCAGGCGUCAGUUCAGGUCAGGAGUCACACACGUGGAGAAGGUCCUGUCAUGGAAGAGUCAUCCUGAUGGGUAA